AGAAGCUUUUUCAGAAACAGUUUGAGUGUUAAGAGAGAAAACCAAGUGGAAUUUAUCACCUCUUGCAUAAUAAUACACACAGAGUCAUCACACGUAAGGUCUUCAACGACGCACCCCGGUGAGGGGGGAGAGGACCGCGGGGACCGAAGCUGUCACUAAUCCGCUGCUUGAGCCAAACAUCCGGACUGACCACAACACCAAGGGGGACCAGACUCUCCUGUCCCUAUGAGCAGGAGCUCUUUCUGCAGCUUCAGAUCAACCUCACAUGCAUGACAACUUUGAAAACUUAUGCACAAGCCAUUCCACUUUGGAUACCCAGGAGUUUGGUUUUUUUGGAACACUUUUUACGCACGUUUUACGCAGCGUCCUAAGACUGACUGUGUGUGGGGAAACUUUCACACCGGGCCACGCUGCAGUGACUCCCAGCCCCCCCGCUAUACCUGGGACUCGAGAUCAAGUUGUAAACAGCUACGAGGCGAAGAAGGAUGCUGGGAAAAUAUUUCUAAACACGCCGAAACCUUUUACGUGUGACUCGAUUCGAACAGAAGCGAGGACAGUAAAUCAGCAGGAGGCAAAGUGGUCUGCUGAGGUGAAGCGAGGACAAGACAGGUUGGUGUCUCCAAAUUCAGCGGGCUCGAGUUUCAGCCGCCCCGGGGGCUCCUGGUAUUAAAGCGUGCAUUUGACCUGGGAUAAGUUGUCAACAAGAGCUGCGCGCGGAGGCAAACUGGCAGGUGUACAAGUUCAUUUACAUGCAUACGUAUAUUCACGCCACUAUAUAUAGAAGUUGUCUUAGAGGCGAGCAGCCUUAAUAAGUUUGUGCACCCACCCCUCAGCCUGCAGCAGCCCCACGCACCCCGCGUGUGUGUGUCUAUAUAUAUAGCAUACGGGCUUUUAUUCCUCCUCGCAAUCUGUAUCCCAGAGGGCUGCCCGCCGUCGGUUUGGCUGUUAGAGCAGGAGUCGUCGCAUGGACUGACAUGGCAACCGACCUCGCCAUGAGCGCAGAGCUGCCGAACAGCCCUUUGGCCAUCGAGUACGUCAACGACUUUGACCUGAUGAAGUUUGAGGUAAAGAAGGAGCCGCCGGAGGCCGACCGCUACUGCCACCGCCUCCCGUCCGGUUCUCUGUCCUCCACCCCGAUCAGCACACCCUGCUCCUCCGUGCCUUCCUCCCCGAGUUUCUGUGCACCGAGCCCGGGAGCGCAGCCCAACCAGAGCCUGACCAGCGGGGUCAACAGCAGCGGCAGCAGCAACAACAGCAGCGGCAACAACAAUCACAGCAACGCGGGCAAGCCUCAGCUGGAGGACCUGUACUGGAUCCCCAGCUACCAGCACCACAUCAACCCGGAGGCGCUCAACCUGACCCCGGAGGACGCGGUGGAGGCCCUCAUCGGGAACGCGCACCACCACCACCACCACCACCAGGCCUACGAGGGCUUCCGCGGGCAGCAGUAUGCAGGGGAGGAUCUGUCCGCGGCCUCGGCGGCCCACCACCACCAGGGCCACCACCACCACCAUCACCACCACCACGGCCACCACGCCCGCCUGGAGGACCGCUUCUCGGACGACCAGCUGGUGAGCAUGACGGUGCGGGAGCUGAACCGGCAGCUGCGGGGCUUCAGCAAGGAGGAGGUGAUCCGCUUAAAGCAGAAGAGGCGCACCCUGAAGAACCGGGGCUACGCGCAGUCCUGCCGCUUCAAGCGCGUCCAGCAGAGGCACAUGCUGGAGACCGAGAAGUGCACCCUGCAGAGCCAGGUGGAGCAGCUGAAGCAGGACGUGGCGCGCCUCGCCAAGGAGAGGGAUCUUUACAAGGAGAAGUACGAGAAACUGGCCAGCCGGACCUACAACGCGGGAACGAACACGAGAGACCCGUCCGGGAAACAGGCCAACACCGAGUUCUUCAUGUGAGAGACUGAAGCAUAGACUCUGAGUCACACCCCACAUACACAUCCGUGUUACAUUAAUUUAUGUUUUUUUGUAUUUUGUUUACAGUUAUUCCCUCGACAGAGAAGACUUAA